AUGUUCAAAAUUGUUACAUUAGCCACUUGGUUAUUGGCAUUAUUAUUGGCAAUUUUAUUCAUGUAUGAAGAGGUUGCGAAUGGUCAAUUGUUGCCUUCGUGGGGACAUGUAAAUUCCGACAAGUAUCGUAGUAACAGUAUUCAAUUCUAUAAACCACACAAGGAAUGGAUUACCAAGUUUCAAGACACUUUUGCCAGUUCUGGUUCUGUUGCAUUUGAUGUCAAUAGAGGAAAGGCAUUGAUUUUUGAUUUGUACAGAUACAAUCUUACAUUUAUUGAAGUUGAUCUUUUGAAUGGAAAUCAAAGUAUUUUACAAUAUGCUGCACCACCCUCAACCAUGUCUCCAGUACAAUCCAACUUGGUAAUUGAUUCAAAUAGUAAUGCAUAUCUCACUCUUAUUGGAAGUGAUGGUACUAAAAUAUUGAUUAAGGCAGAUUUGACAAAUACCAAGAAUAUUCUCUAUAAGAUAGUGGAACAAGCAGGUAUGGUAAUUCUCCUCUCAGAAGACAGCACUAUUCUCAUUACGUAUACUUAUAGCCAUGUUAUUGCGUAUGAAACCAAAAAUUUCAAGCAAUUAUGGUCUUUCGAAUGUGAUAAUGAGCCAAUUGAUAUUCUUCUUGUCUCUAGAGAUUUGUAUGUGGCCACAGGUGAUCAAACCAUUCACAAAUUGGACAUUCAAACAGGGAAAUUAAUUUCCAGAUUCACAAUUCCAGAUUACCUUUCUGGUGCUGGUGUAGAUAGUAUGAGUUUUAGUGGACUACCAGGUUGGUUAAUUUUGGGAAUGAAUUUAAAAGAUAGUUCAGUUGUGGGUGUAGUUAAUGUUGACGCUCAAAAGGCGGAUAUGGUCACAGUUCUUUAUGGUGAUGCCAAGAAAUUAGUGGCUGAGACAUCAAACAUCGUUAGCUCUGUAAUUCAGAAUGGAACAAGUGUCCAUAUUUUCAGUGCAUUGAGUGCUUACACUGGUUUUUCUGGAGGAUACUUUGGUACACACACAAGUUUUGACAUUCAAAAAGACAAUAGUAUUGCGCGUCUUGAAAUUGAUGGAACAUGGCAAAACAACAAGUUGUCUGGCUUCACUGUUGCAAGUGCACAGCCCAAUAGGCAAUCUGUUAUUUUGAUGGAUGCAACUAAAUAUUUAGUUAUUUCUAAUGAUCAGAAUGGAAAGGUUCUCAAAACUGCCUCAUCCAAAAUCACAGGAGAUGGAUCGAGGUUUGUUGUGUCUGCUGGAAAUCAAAUGGUUUAUGCAUUCUCUUUCACAAAUAAUCAAGUUAUCAUGGAGGCUGCUAGUCUUGCCUAAUAACAAGGAAGAUAAAAACAACUGUUAACAGUUGAAACCUUUUAAGGUGUUGAUAGGCUUUUACGAUUCAUUUCAAUUGAAGUUACUAAAUCUCAAUAAAGGUUUUUGAAGUCAA